CCUAGCCCCUCUCUCUCUCACUCCCCACACAGAACAAAACCCCUCAAAGCCUCCUCUCUCUCUUUCCUCUCAGGAGAGUCGUCGCCGUUGUUAUGGAAAAAGCCGUUGACGAAGCAACGAAGGCCGUCUCGGAUUUGGCAAUGGAGGGGGAAGGCAGCAAGAGCAAAAAUGCGCUGAAGAAGGAGCUGAAGAACAAGCAGAAGGAAGAGGAGAGGCGCCGCAAAGAGGAGGAGAAAGCUAAACAGGCUGCUGCCACCGCAUCGCAGCCAAAGAAAAAUGCAGCUACUGAAGAUGAAGAAAUGGACCCGACGCAAUAUUUUGAAAACAGGCUCAAGUAUCUUGCUUCAAUAGAAAACGCAUAUCCUCACAAAUUCAAUGUUACAAUGUCUGAUCGAAUAUUUCUGGAGAAGUUUGAAGGCCUAGAAAAUGGGGAGCAUAAGGAGGAUAUCACUGUUUCAUUGGCAGGCCGAAUCAUGAGCAAAAGAUCGUCCAGCUCAAAGCUUUUCUUCUAUGAUUUGCAUGCCACUCCUGGUGGUUGGAAGGUCCAAGUUAUGGCGGAUGCCAGGAAAUCAGAGUUGGAUGAAUCUGAAUUUUCUAGGUUCCACUCCAGUGUUAAGCGUGGUGAUCUUGUUGGUGUUAGUGGGUUUCCAGGGAAAACUAAGAGGGGGGAGCUUAGUAUUUUCCCAAGAUCAUUUACAGUGCUAUCACAUUGCUUGCAUAUGAUGCCAAGGCAGAAAGCUGGGCCUGUCUCUGAUAAUGCCAAUUUGAAGAAAACUGAUGGAUGGGUCCCAGGAAGUCCCAGAAAUCCUGAAACAUACAUUCUGAAAGAUCAGGAAACUCGUUAUCGUCAGCGUUACCUGGAUUUAAUAUUGGCUAGUGAGGUUCGACAAAUAUUCAAGACCAGAUCCAAGAUCGUCAAGUACAUCAGGAGGUAUCUUGACGAACUCGAUUUCUUGGAGGUUGAGACUCCAAUGAUGAACAUGAUUGCUGGUGGUGCAGCUGCCCGUCCGUUUGUCACUUAUCAUAAUGAUCUUAACAUGAAGCUUUUCAUGCGGAUUGCACCCGAACUCUAUCUCAAGCAGCUAGUUGUUGGUGGACUGGACCGUGUAUAUGAGAUUGGAAAGCAAUUCAGAAAUGAGGGUAUUGAUUUGACACAUAAUCCUGAGUUCACCACAUGUGAAUUUUACAUGGCCUAUGCUGAUUACAAUGACUUGAUGACGAUGACCGAGGAAAUGUUGAGUGGGAUGGUCAAGGAAAUUACUGGAGGGUACAAAGUUAAGUACCAUUCAAAUGGGCUUGAUAAGGAUCCUAUUGAGAUUGACUUCACUCCCCCUUUUCGAAGGAUCGACAUGGUUGAAGAACUAAACAAGAUUGCAGGUCUCAACAUUAAUCCCAAGGAUCUUUCCAGUGAGGAAGUUAACAGUUAUCUUAAAGAGGCAUGCAAGAAGUUUGAUAUCAAAUGUUCUCCUCCUGAAACAACAGCUCGUUUGUUGGACAAGCUUGUGGGCCACUUUUUAGAGGAGACGUGUGUAAAUCCAGCUUUCAUAAUCAACCAUCCUGAGAUAAUGAGUCCGUUAGCCAAGUGGCAUAGAUCAAAGCCUGGCCUGACUGAACGGUUCGAGUUGUUUAUCAAUAAACAUGAAGUUUGCAAUGCAUACACUGAAUUGAAUGAUCCUGUGGUACAACGCCAACGGUUUGCUGGUCAACUCAAGGAUCGACAGUCGGGUGAUGAUGAAGCAAUGGCUUUGGAUGAAACAUUUUGUACUGCUCUCGAGUAUGGGUUACCUCCUACUGGUGGCUGGGGUUUGGGUGUUGACCGCCUAUGUAUGUUGUUAACUGACUCACAGAAUAUUAAAGAAGUGCUUCUAUUCCCAGCCAUGAAACCACAAGAUGAUCAACCUCCUGCAAAACCAACAACUGCAGGUGCUUAGGUGUUGGGAGUAUUGGUUUUGCUACAAUCAGUCUUCUUUUUGUGCUUUGAUUAGACUAGAAGUUGUGGGCAUGUUGAUGCCUGGGCUUACUUUUCUUACUACCAUUUUCAAGUCAUUGCUAAAAUGCCCGAUAUUUAACUUAUUUUUUGAUGAACACCUAAAAAUGUAUUAAUGCAGUCUAUACUACAAUCUCGAUCAUUUGUGAAUGACAAAGUAAUUUAUCUAAAGUUUGGAAUCUUGGAAUUGCUCUCAA